CGACAUUGAAUUAACACAACAAAUACCAACAAUGAAAUUCAGUACCGUUGCCGUGAUUGCCGCCGUUGUAGGCGUUGCAGAUGCCUUCGCCCCAGCUCCCCGCGCCGCUUCCACUUCUGCUCUUUCGAUGUCGCUCGAGAAAUACUCUGACGAACUCAAGGCAACUGCCGCUGCCAUGGUAUCAGAAGGAAAGGGUCUCCUUGCUUGUGACGAAUCGACUGGAACCGUUGGAAGCCGUCUUGAAUCCAUCGGCUUGGAAAACAAUGAAGAAAACCGUCGAGAGGUGAGUUUUUCGUUUGGAUGAGAUUUCAAUCAUCAAACAAACCAAAAACCUCAAUUUGUAUCCAUUUCAUCUGUGUCCAUAUUGUCUUAUACUUAAAUUCAGUGGCGUCAACUCCUUUUCACCACACCUGAUAUCGGUGACUACAUCUCGGGAGCAAUCUUGUUCGAGGAAACUCUUUACCAAGAUUCCAAGGAAGGAAAGGCAUUCGUCGAUCUCUUGAACGAGAACGGAAUCAUCCCUGGAAUCAAGGUCGACACCGGCCUCAAACCUCUAUGCGGGGGUGGAGAAGGCGAGACCUGGUGCUCUGGUUUGGAUGGACUCUACGACAAGUGCGUCCUCCACUACGCAAAGGGUGCAAGAUUUGCCAAAUGGCGUACUGCACUCCGCAUUGAUGUCGAUCAGGGGUUCCCCACCGACUACGCUAUCGAUGAAGCAGCUCACGGACUAUCCCGUUAUGCCCGCAUCUGCCAGGAAGCCGGUUUGGUUCCAAUUGUUGAACCUGAAAUCUUGAUCGACGGUGACCACGAUAUUUACACUACCGCCAAGGUUCAAGAACGGGUUAUCACUACCGUUUACAAGAAGCUUCAAGAAUGCGGAGUUAUGCUUGAAGGUACUUUGUUGAAACCUUCGAUGACUGUUUGCGGUGUCGAUUGUGAAGACAAGCCUGCUGUUGAAGAAAUUGCACGAAUGACUGUCCAAACUCUCUCCAGAUCCAUCCCAUCGGCUAUGCCAGGUGUUACUUUCUUGAGUGGAGGUAUCUCUGAAGAGGAUUCUUCUAUUUACCUCAAUGAAAUCAACAAGAUUGACCGUGUUGCUCCUUUUGCCCUCACCUUUUCGUUCUCCCGCGCACUUCAAUCAUCUUGCUUGAAGACUUGGAAUGGAAAGGAAGAGAACUACAAGGCCGCCCAAGACCAAUUACUUGCACGUGCCAAGGCCAACUCCGAGGCCUCGACCGGUUCCUACAAGCCUGGGUCGCAACCUUCCAUGCAAGAAUCUCUUUACGUCAAGAACUAUGUUUACUAAAGAGGAUGGAAACAAAGUUUGAUCGUACGAAAACCCAAUCAACAUGCUACAUAAGUGUGGCUGCUAUACGAAAACCAUUAUUUUCCAAUUAAACAGAUAAGAUAAUU